GGCUGCGUGGCAACGGGGGCUGGCAGCGGGGGCCACCCGCUCGCCGCCUUGCUUGGGCGAGCCUGGGUUUCUUCUCUACCCCCUUUCCUCGCUGGAUGCUGCGUUGGCAACACCUUCAUUGCCCACCCCACCCCAUCCUCAGGACCUCGGAGCUACCCAGGGUUGAGUGGUGGUGGCGGUUGGUGGGGUGGGGGACAACAUUUGGGUCGCCCCACAAGGAGAAGAAACGCGGAGAUGGUGCCGCUGGUGCGGAGCUCCGGGGGCUCCCACCAGUGGCUGACGAUUGUGGUCCUCGGUCUGUGCUGGUUUUUAAGCCCUGGGAGAUUGGCUGCUCCUGGUGGAGAUUUCCCUGGAGCCACCGUGGACAAUCUGGUGGUCAGGAAAGGGGACACGGCAGUGCUUAGGUGUUACUUGGAGGAUGGAGCUUCCAAAGGUGCCUGGCUGAACAGGUCGAGCAUUAUCUUUGCUGGAAGCGACAAGUGGUCAGUGGAUCCCCGCGUGUCCAUCGCAACAGCCAACAGGAGAGAAUACAGCCUGCAGAUCCAGGACGUGGACGUGACAGAUGAUGGACCCUACACUUGCUCUGUGCAAACCUCACACACCCCUCGAACCAUGCAGGUGCACCUAACAGUGCAAGUUUCUCCGAAGAUAUUCCGCAUCUCGAGUGACCUCGUUGUGAACGAAGGGAGCAAUGUCACGCUGGUGUGCCUGGCCACGGGGAAGCCAGAGCCCUCCAUUUCCUGGAGACACAUCUCCCCAUCUGCCAAACCCUUUGAGAGUGGCCAGUACCUGGACAUCUAUGGAAUCACGAGAGACCAGGCUGGGGAGUAUGAAUGCAGUGCAGAAAAUGAUGUGUCAGUCCCAGAUGUGAAAAAAGUCAAAGUCACAGUCAACUUUGCCCCCACAAUUCAGGAACUUAAAUCCAGCGGUGUGAUGCUUGGAGGGAACGGCCUGAUACGGUGUGAAGGUGCAGGAGUUCCUGCCCCGCUCUUUGAGUGGUACAAAGGAGAGAGGAAACUGAUCAAUGGCCAACAAGGAAUUACAAUUAAAAAUUAUAGUACAAGAUCCCUGCUUACUGUUACCAAUGUGACAGAGGAGCACUUUGGCAACUAUACUUGUGUCGCUGCCAACAAGCUAGGGACGACCAAUGCCAGCCUGCCUCUCAACCCUCCCAGCACAGCCCAGUAUGGCAUCACUGGCGACGCCGAAAUCCUCUUCUCCUGCUGGUACCUGGUGUUGACGCUGUCCUCCCUCAGCAGCAUAUUCUACCUGAAGAACAUCAUUCUGCACUAAGUGUACAGACCCAUAAAAACAAAACAAACAAAAAAAAACCAAACAAAAAAAUCAAAAAACAAAGGCUUUUAAAGGAUUCUCUGCAAGUGCUGCUGCCUGGCUCCAAUCUGGUAGAGUGUGUUCAAAGCAGCCUGGGAUAUCAUCACCCGCGGUGCCAUGGGGAUGGUCACCUUCUGUAGAAUUGCUCAUCCUGUAAAUACCUUCAUUCUACUCCUGGGUUGUUUGGGGGUUUUUGGCUUCUUUCUUUCCUUCCUUCCUUUUUUCCUUCUUUUCUUCU